AUGUCUGAUUCAGAGGACCAACAAGGAGCACAGGCACAAGAGAGACCAAGUUUCCAACAAACUGACACCGGUAUAGAACACACGGAGCAGACUGAGCAGCAAUCGACUGAUGUAUCUGCUCGCGAUACAGCGCAAGCAAAUAUCAAUGUUGGGAAUAGUGAAGAAACAGUAGCUAAAGUGAAACUGGAAGAGAAGCCAGAAAAAGCUGAGCAAAUCAAUUUAAAAGUAGCACAUAGGAAUGGGGAUGAGAUGUUUUUCAAGAUCAAGACCACUACUGAGAUGAGGAAAAUCAUGGAUGCAUAUUCUAGAAGACAGGGAAAAGAUAGCGAAACAUUGAGGUUUUUUGUAGACGGAGUUAGGAUCCAACCUAAGGAUACUCCAAGAUCACUAGGUUUGGAAGAUGGUGAUCUUAUUGAUGUGAGCUAUCAACAGAUUGGUGGUGGUGAUGUAGAAGAACAACAGUUUGGUGGUGUAGAAGAAGAACAGUUUGGUGGUGUAGAAGAACAACAGUUUGGUGGUGGUGGUGUAGAAGAACAACAGUUUGGUGGUGGUGUAGAAGAACAACAGCAACAGCUCCAAGAAGCAAGUGACGAAGAAGUGAAUCAAAACACCCAGGCUAGUGGGGAGAAUGAAAGAGAACCGGAAACUGUUGUAAAAUCGGAAAAUGGAGAAGAAGAGGAAGGAGGAGGGGGAGGGGGAGCUCGCGUACUUAUUUUGCGUGUAACUGACAAGGAUAAUAAUAAUAUUCAGGUUCAAAUCAAGUCAGAUACGAAGAUGAAAAAAGUCAUGAAUGCUUAUUGUAGAAGGCAUGGGAAAAACCCUUUAUCGACUAGAUUUUUAGUGGACGGGGCUAGGAUUCAGCCCGAGGACACCCCGGAUUCACUAGGUUUAGAUAAUGAUGAUAUUAUUGAAGCGAGCAUUGAACAAACUGGAGGUGCGGGAGACGAAUCAGAAGAAACACAGGAAGAAGAUGGUGUUAAGGCCGAUGCACCAGUUAAGGAAGAGUACCAAAGAGAACGUGUUAAUAUUAAAGUACGUGAGAGGAAUCAAGCCGCUGUGUAUUUCAAGAUUAAGCCAAGGACACCAAUGAAAAAAGUUAUGGAGGCAUAUUGUAGUAGAGUAGGGAAAGAUAUUCAGUCGUUGAGGUUUUGGGUAGAUGGUGCCAGAGUUCAAGGCACAGAUACUCCUGAAUCUCUAGGUUUGGAUAAUGAGGAUUGUGUUGAUGUGAGUUAUCAACAAACUGGAGGAAGAAGUGGCUAG